AUGGCUCCUUACGAGAUGCUCUAUGGCAGAAAAUGUCGAACCCCGGUGUGUUGGGGUGAAGUGGGUCCUUGUGAACUUGCCCACAAGGAUUUAGUUCGAACCACAAAUGAGAAAAUAGAUACGGUUCGAGCUCAUUUGAAAGCAGCUCAAGACCGACAGAAAUCAUAUGCUGAUAAAAGACGAAGACCAAUCGAGUUUCAGAUUGGUGAUAGAGUUAUGCUCAAAGUAUCUCUGUGGAAGGGGAUUAUUUGGUUCCGGAAAAGAGGGAAGUUAAGCCCAAGGUUUAUUGGGCCAUUUAAAAUCAUUGAACGGGUGGAUAAAGUAGCCUACCGAUUGGAACUACUAGAGGAGUUGAGCGGUAUACAUAGCACGUUUCAUGUUUCGCACCUCCAAAAGUGUUUGGCCGAUGAAACGGCUUACAUCCACUAUGGUGAUAUUGAAGUGGAUGACAAACUCAGUUAUGUGGUGAAACCCAUUGCAAUUCUUGACCGAAAGAUCAAAAGCUUACGGAACAAAGAAAUUGACCAAGUGAAGGUCAAAUGGGAACAUCGGAAGGGAUCAGACACUACUUGGGAGUCCGAAGAAGAGAUGAGACACCUCUACCCUUCCCUUUUUGGAGUUAACUGUUGUAGGAACACUAAUCAUUCUAUUGUGUUUUUGUGCAAAAGAGGUCAAGUAUCGGAUACCCACUCGAUCGAGUAG